AUGACAGGGCAUUUAAAAAAAUGGUUCCCCGAUGGUUCAUCAGUAUCAAAUUUAUAUUUUUAUUUGAAAUCAGAUCAUGCACUACCCCGUUUCGUUUUGAAAAGUUUCAUUGGAUUCGUCUGCGGCAUUGUGCUAACAUAUCUUUGCUUUAUAUUCUUUGUAUUCCAAUUGUCGAUAUCGCUCAUACACGCGACGAUUAUGAGUUCUAUUAUUGGUGUCUUACUCACACUGGGGCUGGCAUUCAGUUGCAGGAUAAGGUGUCUGAUAUUUUUGCUAAUUCCUCAACUAUUCUCACGCGUUGGUCGUUAUACCCUAACGUGUUAUGCUCUGGUCCUCAUUCUGACUGGUCCAGCCACAAAUACUUUGAAGAACUCGGAAGUUUUAACCGAGUCUAUGGCUUGUAGUCAGGAACAAAUAAAAACAGAUGUUCGACACAUUUCCGAGACCGUGAAAAAACCUUUCAACGCAAUGAAGGAGUCUAUAAAGUUAAUGGUGGAUGAAAUGAAACGUGUCGCUUCUAAAAUGAACAAAAUAAUAUCGAAAAUAAGUAUAAUGGUGACUAGUAUUGCGGACCUCAUUCAAUCAUCUUAUUCUUGGUUAAAUUCUGUUGCCAAUAUUUGUCACCAAACGUUUGGAACUCCUUACGACCAUUGUCUGAAAUCAAUUGAAAGAGGAGAGAGGAACUAUAUGAAGACUGCAGGAAAGGAUUUUAUUUGGCGUUGCAACGAUUCUGCGGCAAAUUCGGCAUGUUUAGCUGUUAAGUCGUAUAAGACUGUUUGUGUUGUCUCUGAUUAUGCUACUACUUCAUAUGCGGCGACACUCAAGAGAAGGUUGAGAAACUAUAUUACUCGCAUUAAUACAACAUUUUUCCUCAACGUCCGAAUACAUCACACAUAUUCGUACAGCAGUAAUGAAAGUAGUACGCCUAAUCAAAUGGCUGCUGGUAUCGUGACUGAGAUCAGAAAAAGGGCUGAUCCUCUGCUAACUUGGUUAUCUUGGAGUUCCUGUAUUACUAGUUUGUUCUUAAUGCUAAUUAUUUUUAGAGCUAAAUAUUAUCAGCAUAUGUUCGCAACGCGAUCUCGUUAUGACAAUCGCUACGUUACAAAGGAACUGCGUGAUUUAGAUUUCAAAAGGUAUCAAGAAAGACGAGAAACUGUUCUCCCAUUGAAUAGACGAGAACAAGCCAAAUAUAUUUGUAUAUCAUCGUUCCGUCUAGUUUCAUCCGAGAAGGUAUAUUUAACUCGUUCUAUAAUUUUCAUGGCGAUUACUACUUUCAAACUCUUGAUACACAUGGUAGCUGAUUAUAGCUUGUAUUGGGUUUUAAUUACGAUUCGUCACCAUGGAAGGUUACAGACACCUUUAUCGCUUGGUCCAUCCGACGCUGGAGUGCAUGUGUCAGGGUCUGGUAUUGUUCGAGAUUUUAUCAGGUCAUUACUGGACUCUAUUACUUCGCCUUUACUAUCACAAAGAACGAUUAAAGUUAACUGUCUUCCUAAUCCCUAUCCACCUGAUCUACAGCGUUAUACACAAAUUGCUAUUUUAAUAAUUCUCUUGUGGUUUUUUGCUCUAUUCGAGCCGUAUGGACUUCGUUUCCGUCACGUCAUUGUGGGACACUAUCAACCUGAUCGAGCGAAGACGAGAGCUGUAUGGCUUUAUAAUCAUAUAAUAAGAACAAGAGGUAGUUUUAUGAAAUUAGCCAGGAGAAAACUUCAUCGUGAAUAUAAAUAUUCGAAUCAUGAAAAUCAGACAUUUCGUUACUGGUUGGACUCAAUUUUACCCUGUGUUACAUUAAAUUGCCCAGGCGUAUAUUGUUUAAGAUGUUUCUCCGAUAUCGGUCGUUUGUGCACCAUUUGCCUAUCACCUAAAGACUAUGGCGAUAUGAGUGACGUCAGCCUAGAGAAAGGUUCGUCAGACGAAAGUGACACUGAUGAAUGUAAAGAAAAAGGGACUGAAAGAGAAAGACUUAUUAAAAAGCCAGAAAAGUUAAAUAUGUGCGAAAUAGCAUCAACGAAAAUGAAAAAUGAUAGUAAUGAACAAACUUCAGUAUUACCAGACAUUGGACGAUAUGAGGAUGUAAACAAAAGGAAUGGAAGUAAUAAUAAUUCAAUAAUAAAUACGUACACUGUAAAUGGAUAUUAUGCUACUGAAAAUUAUAAAGAUACAGAAAAUGAGAAUCCAAUACAAAAUGAUAUUACACGGGAAUAUAAUAUCGCAAUAUUUACGAAGAUCGCAAGAACGAAGGCGUAUACAUUUAUUUGA